UAUCGUUUAAGUCCUCCAACCCAACAUUCUGUCUCGAACUCUCGAUCUCUCUCACGUCUCCCUUCCUUCUUCGUUGACUCUCCGUUUACCGGCCGACUUCUCGCCGUUCGCUCUGUAGUUUUCUGUCGUUAUCCUUCUGUGUCGCGUCGUCGUUCUUCAUCCGCUAUUCUCGCCGUUUCAGGUCUUGUUGUUGCUCUGUAGACAGGCACAAGUGAGGAAAACGUUGGAUUCAAAGUGGGAGAAACAAGAAUCAAUCCAUAACUCAUAAUGGUUGAGCUCCAUGAAAUUUCUGACGAAGCUUCAUCCUCUUCAACAACUCAUUGUCGUGGAUAUGACGUAUUUUUAAGUUUUAGAGGUGUUGACACUCGUCAUAGUUUCACUAAUCACCUUUAUAAUGCCCUCAUGCAUGCCAAUAUCACUACCUUCAUGGAUGAUGAAGAGAUCGAAACAGGGGAAGAUCUGAAACCAGAAUUGGAGAGUGCUAUUAAAGCAUCUAGAGCUUCUGUUAUCGUGUUGUCUACAAAUUAUGCUACUUCAACAUGGUGUCUUGAUGAAUUGGUGUUGAUCCUUGAGCAACGUAAGGCAUCCAGACAUGUUGUUUUCCCCAUCUUUUAUCAUGUUGAGCCCACACAUGUUAGGAAGCAACAAAGUAGCUUUGGAGGUGCAAUGGCUAAGCAUAGACAGAAGAUGGAAGCAGAGACAAACUCAAGUAAAAGAUGUCAAUGGGCUCAAAAGAUAGAGUGUUGGAAUAAAGCGCUUACAGAAGUUGCUGAUUUGAAAGGGAUGGAUGCAAAUGGCAGGCUAGAGGUGGAGCUUAUUGAUGGAAUAGUUAAGGACAUCUUUCGUAGAUUACAUACAUCCUCAAGGUUUCCACUGCCACAGCUUAUUGGGGUGGAAAAUUCUAUUAAAUUCGUCAGUUCAUGGUUGAAAGAUACAUCCUCACAUAAGACAGAUAUACUCACUAUUUUGGGUGUGGGUGGGAUCGGGAAGACGUCUUUAGCCAAAUAUGUCUAUACGUUACAUUCUCAUGAAUUUGACACAAGCAGCUUCAUUGAAGAUAUCAACAGGAGAUGCGAUGAAAAAUCUAAUGGGAUGCUUGAUGUACAAAAGAAACUCUAUGAGGAUAUUUCAAAACCAAGUUCAGUUCAAGUUCAUGAUGUUUCCACAUACACUUCAAUGAUAGAGAAUGCAGUAGCCCGUGAAAAGGUGUUUCUUGUUCUUGAUGACAUUGGUAGUCUCGACCAAUUAGAUGCAUUACUUGGAAGGAAAGGUUUUCAUCCAGGAAGCAAAAUCAUAAUAACUACAAAGGACACGUGGUUGACAGAGAGCUGUGAACUGUUCAAAUUGAAGGGUAAAUCACUCACGCAUGAAAAGCACUUUCUUAAAGGCUUAUUUGAGAUCGAAUCACAAAAACUUUUCUGUUUUCAUGCAUUCAUGUGCAAUGAUCCUAAGGCAGGUUAUGAAGAGGUGUCAGAAAAGCUAGUGAAGUAUUGUGAAGGACAUCCAAUGGCUCUUAAAGUUUUGGGUAGGAAUCUACACAAUCGAGAUGUAACGUAUUGGGAUGGGUACAUAGACAGACUAAAGAAAGAAAAUAAUUCCCCUAUAAAUAAUGUCUUGAGAAUGAGCUUUGAUUCUUUGCCAUCUGAAAAUGAUAAGGAGCUGUUUAAGCAUAUUGCUUGUAUUUUUGUUGGAAUGGAUAUAGAUGUUGCUACAACAAUAUUAGAAGCAUGUGAUAUAGAAACAAGAACUGGAAUUACGAAUCUCAUCGACAGAUGCUUUCUUAGUAUAGGAUGGUAUAACAAAUUGAUAAUGCAUCAAUUGGUUCAAGAGAUGGGAAGAUUUGUGGUACGUGAAGAAUCAUUUCACAAGCCAUGGGAACGAAGUCGAUUAUGGGGUCAUGAGUCAUUUAGAGUGUUGAAACAGAAAAAGGGUACGGAAAAUGUUUUAGGCCUCACCCUUGACAUGAAGAUAAUUAACAAAGAGAAGUUACAUGGAUCACUUGAGUUGAAAACAGACGCAUUGAGCAAAUGUUGAUGGGAUCUUAUUCAAAAGGCAAAAGCUUGCUUGGAUCAUUGAAAAUUCUUAAUUUAAGUUUUUGCGAACAACUUGGUAGCCUUGGUGGGUUUGACCACUUCCCUAAACUUGAGAUGUUGAUACUUAAAGGUUGCAUUGGUUUGCUUGAGGUUUGUGAAUCGAUAGAGCAAUGUGUAAAACUUGUUCUUGUUGAUUUGAGCUACUGCAGCAAGCUUCAAAAACUUCGGCGAAUCAUAGGCAAGUUAAAGAAAGUUGAAACACUAUUGCUAAACGGUUGUUAUCUCGGUGAAUCUCCAAUCAAGAUUAGGGAUAUGGAUUCAACGGAAAUGGUCAAGGGUAAUAACAUCUCCAUAAACACAAUAACCUCUUUGUCUGUCGUUCCAGAGGCUGUACCAAUUUCUUCAAAGUUCUUUGGGAUUUCGUUACCGAGAUCUUUAGUAACCUUGUCACUUGUGAAUAAUAAUUUGUCCAUCGAAUCCUUUCCCGUUGACUUCAGUUGCCUAACCAUGUUAAAGUAUUUAUGUUUAGAUGAAAAUCCUAUCGUUUCCAUUCCCACUUGUGUGAGAAGCCUUCAUAGGCUUGAGACACUUAGUAUGAUAAAUUGUAAUAUGCUAAUGACAGACGAGCCUGCUCCACAUACACUCACAUAUUUGAACCUGUAUUCUGAUAAGCCUUUGCUACAAAAAGUUGUGUUUGAUCCACAAAUGUUCCCACGCAAGUUGCUUAUAAAUUGGACUACAUUAGCACCUUCGUCGUUUGAAUUUGAAGGCUUGGUCAAAAUCCAACCAAUGGUAGGUGUUGAGGAAAAGGUAUUACGCAGUUUGGGAUGGAGUAAGAUAGACUUUCUUAAGGAAAAGCUCAUGGGAACUACAUUAUAUGCUAGAGAAAGAAAGGAAUCUGAAAUCCAGAUGUAUUAUGAAUUUGGAAUAUUCAGCACAAUUUGUGGUGGUGAAGAGAUGCCGAAUUGGAUUACGGAUAGAAGCAAGGGGCCAUCAAUAUCAUUUACCAUCCCAUCAUCUCCUAACAAGCUUAGAGGAUUGAAUUUCUGUUGUGUAGUUGCAUCUCCAUUUUUGAAUGAGAGACAACAACGUGACUCUGAAUAUCUGCUUGAUUUGCAAAUUUUCCUUUGUUUGCCAGUGAUCAUAGUUAGAAAUAUAACAAAGAACCUUAUCUGGAUAUACGACCACUACCUUCCAAAUCUCUAUCCUAGUAGAAGUUAUUUGACGUACUUAAGUCAUUGGAUGUUUGGGAUGAAUGAGAUGGAAUGUGGUGACCAAGUUACUAUUACCUUGAGGACGUUUCCAUAUUAUUAUAUUGAUUAUUUAGGUAUAAAGGAGUGUGGGGUGAGUUUUGUGUAUGAUGAUGGAGAAGAAGAAGAAGAAGAUGUGUUGGGUUAUUACAAGUCAUGGAAUCACAUCAUUGGUGGAGAUCUCACUAGUUUUCAGUCAACAACCGGAGAAUACAUCCUAAGCAAAAGGCGAAUUCUGCUGUUUCCCCUUGAUAUUGAUCAACUAGGUUAUGGUCAACUGUGUGGAGAAAGCGCCCGCUUUAAAGAGAAAUUGAAGUUUAGAGCUUUAUCUCAAAGGAAGUCCGGCAAUACUGGAGGUGGCACUCAAGGCUAAGCUUUGUCACUCAACAAACUUAAACUUGUGACUUUUGCUCCUCUCCACAGGAUUUAAGGGGCAGUUAAAAAAGUGACUUAUAUCUUAAAGUGAAGUCAAAUAACACCAAACAGAGGACUCCAUGUGGACUGUUCUAUGUUUGGUGUUAUUUAUUUUUUAUUUUUUUUUCAGAUAAAUCCCUCGAGGAUGAAAUUUCAAAUACCCUUCUCCUGUUUAUUCAUAUAAAUCCUAUGCUUGGGUGAAUGUAGAGUUCAUGUUAGGGAAGUGUCUUCUUGGUAUUUUUGAAGAAAGCCGACAAUGAUUUAUUUUUAUAAUUUUAUGAGGAUUGAAACAAGUGAUUUUUUUUUUAUAAAAAGAACACGAAAAACAUUGUAAUAUUUGACAUGUGAAGAAGUAGAACAAUAAUGCUGUAAUGAUUUAAAUGUAUCGAGUUAA